CUCUUCCUAGACCUAGGGAGAAUUAGCGGUCCAUUCCAAGUGAAGGAGAUAAGUUCGCGGUCCACCCAGAAGGACUCCUCUUUUUAGUCGGUCCAUUGUUCAAAAAAAAAGAGAGUGAAAGGAGGACCGAUCUUCCACAGAGGACCGCAUUUAUCAGCCGGUCAUACAGGAGGACCGAUUUCUUGCUCAGGGGCCGCUAUCUCCCGUUGGUCCGCCUUUUUCAUCAAGUAAAGGUUUCCAACUGUUACUAUGGGCAAAAAUCGGUCCAAGAGGAACAAAAUUGCUGCUAAAGCGCGAACCAACUUGGAAGGGAAAGAGAAGCUUUCAUCUGGGGAUCUCAGACACCAAAUAACUCUCUCCCAAUCCAGGCGUGAAACACAAGACAAAUCUGGUGAACGCAGUUUCCACUCUAAAGCCCCUAAGAGUUCUCAUCCAAAGGAUUCCCAGGCAGCAGCAGAAAAAUUCGACGCCAACUCCCCCAUAGUUCGAAAGUUGAUCGGGUGGCUCAACAAGGAAGGAGAGGCCCGGUCCCAAGGGACCGGGAGAGAAACAGGUCAAGGAGAGGAUGAGGAGGUGGAAAGUCAAGGGCGCAUAUCAGUACAUAAGAGGAUGCGCAAAAAUGCGUCCCAAAGGUUAGGACCCAGGACUGAGGAAUCUGGAGAAAAUUCUGGGGGGCACGGCAAUGAAGAUGCCGGAGACAUCCUCAAAUUGAGAAAAGAAAUGGAGGAACUAAAGAGGCAGGUUGACAAGGACGGGUCUUUCGGGCCCACAGUAGAGAUAAUUUCUCCCUUUACUGCCAGAGUGAUGAAAGCUCAACUGCCCAGGGGUAUGAAAGCCCCUGAAAUCCGUUAUAAGGGAGUCACCGAUCCCAAUGAUCACUUGGCUGCGUACCAAACUCACAUGUUGAUGCACGCCGUGGAGGACGAGAUCCAAUGUCGCCUCUUCCACAUUCGCCUUAAAUCCGAUUCAAAAUUGGCCAUCGGGCAGCUAAAAGGAGAAAUGGAGGCCAAGGAAGGAAGGUUGAAGAAGUACAGGGACUGCGCCAAGACUCUACUUGGACAAUUUGAGUCUUAUGAGCUCAUAUAUGUUCCAAGAGAAGAGAAUGAAGAGGCGGAUAUGCUUGCUAAAUUAUGUAGGACCAUUCCCAUCCACAUGGAGGGUAUGGUAAGGCAGCACGAGAGGAUCUGUCCUGUUUGGGAAGAGGCGGUCCCUGUCCUCGAGAUAUCCGGUCCAGGUACAACUUGGAUGAGCCCCCUGAUCACGUACCUUGAAAAGGGAGAGCUCCCUGUUGACCCCAAGGAGGCCCGCAGAGUUCAAUUAAUGGCUCCCAAAUAUCAACUGGAUGGGGAAAAAUUGUAUAAAAGGACCUUGGGAGGGCCGAUGCUCAAAUGCUUGAGUGAGAGAGAAGCAAGAAGAAUAUUGGAAGAAGUACACCAAGGAGUCUGUUCUGCCCAUCAAGGUGCCCUUACUCUAGCGAGAAAGGUGAUACUCCAGGGAUUCUAUUGGCCCACCUUGAAGAAGGAUGCGCUGGAGUUGGUGAGGAAAUGCCCAACUUGCCAAACAUUUGCACCAAUCCUUGGGCGCCCAUCCACCUUUUACACCCCUGUCACUACAGCCAUUCCUUUUGCUAGAUGGGGGUUGGACUUGGUGGGUCCUUUCGUCCAAGGGGCUGGAAGGAAGAAAUUUGCCAUUGUGGCAAUAGAUUACUUCACCAAGUGGGUCGAAGCAGAGGCCCUUGUGAAGAUCACGAAGGAGAAUUGCCGGGAGACUCCCUUUGCCUUGGCUUAUGGCUUUGAGGCAAAGGUACCUACGGAGGUCUUGGUCCCUAGCACAAGGGUGGAAGCAUACACUCCAAGCCUCAAUGAGGAAUUGAUGGAAGUGGACUCCCAUUUCAUUCAAGAAAGGAGGGACGACGCGGCAAUAAAGGCGGAGGAGUACCAACGGCAAUCCAAGAGGUAUCAUGACAAAAAAACUAUACUUCGGACGUUUGAAGUAGGGGAUUGGGUCCUACGUAAAAGGGAGAAAAGUCAGCCCACUAAAGGAGGAAAAUUAGCCCAGAAUUGGGAAGGACCGUACCGUGUGGAGAAGGUGGUGCGUACAGGCACCUAUCAGUUGGCUACAUCGGAAGGGAAGGCAUUGGACAAUUACUAGAAUGUGGAGCAUCUCAAAAAAUUCUACCAGUAAAAGCUACAUGUUCAA